AAAAAGGAAAAAAAAGUCUCCAAACGAGCAGAGACCUGGCAGCCCGGAGGACUGAGCGAAGAAGAGGCGCAUCUCAGUUGCUUUUCAAGCGCAAUCAUGGGCUGCUCGACGAGAUUUAGCGCUCGUCGUUUGGUUCUGAAAGUGUUUUUGUUGCAGUUUCUUGCCUUGCAGGCGACAUAUGCAGCUCCAUCGCCGAUUAUCAAGUUUCCAGGAGACGACUCUCCCCCAAGAACGGACAAAGAAGUUGCGCUGCGCUAUUUGAAUAAGUUUUAUGGGUGUCCGCAAGACAGAUGUAACCUGGUGGUGCUGAAAGACACUUUGAAGAAGAUGCAAAAGUUCUUCUCCCUGCAAGAAACUGGUGAAAUCGAUGCCGCCACUGUGGAGACCAUGAAGAAGGCUCGCUGUGGUGUUCCAGAUGUGGCCAAUUACAACUUCUUCCACAGGAAACCCAAAUGGCAGAACAAAGACAUCACCUACAGAAUACUCGGAUACACCCCAGAUCUGGACGAGGAGGUGAUCAAUGAUGCUUUCUACAGAGCCUUUAAGGUCUGGAGUGAUGUCACGCCGCUCACAUUCACACGCCUCAUGGACGGAGAGGCCGACAUCAUGAUCAACUUUGGCCGCAAUGAACACGGAGAUGGAUAUCCAUUCGAUGGCAAAGACGGCCUCUUGGCUCACGCCUUUGCUCCUGGACCUGGAAUUGGAGGAGACUCUCACUUUGAUGACGACGAGCAGUGGACUCUGGGAGACGGUCAAGUGGUGAAGGUGAAGUUUGGCAACGCUGAUGGAGAGUUCUGCAAGUUCCCCUUCUCCUUCAUGGGCACCGAAUACAAGAGCUGCACGUCUCAAGGCCGAGACGAUGGCUUCCUGUGGUGCUCAACAACCUAUAACUUCGAUGAAGACGGCAAAUAUGGCUUCUGCCCUCACGAGUUGCUGUUCACGUUGGGUGGUAACAGCGAUGGCGCUGCGUGCAAGUUCCCCUUCACCUUCCAGGGUGAAAAGUACGAUUCCUGCACCACGCAGGGAAGAGACGACGGCUACCGCUGGUGUGCCACGACUGAGGACUACGACCGGGACACGAAAUACGGCUUCUGCCCUGAGACUGCCAUGUCUACGGUUGGUGGGAAUGCAGAGGGAAGUCCGUGUGUCUUCCCCUUCACUUUCCUGGGAAACACCUACGAGUCCUGCACCUCUUCCGGGCGCAGCGAUGGCAAGAUGUGGUGCGCUACAACCAAGAGUUACGACGACGACCGCAAGUGGGGUUUCUGCCCAGAUCAAGGUUACAGCUUAUUCCUGGUAGCAGCCCAUGAGUUUGGUCAUGCUCUUGGCUUGGAGCACUCUCAAGAUCCCGGAGCGUUGAUGGCCCCCAUUUACACCUACACCAAAGACUUCAGGCUUUCUAACGAUGACAUCAGAGGCAUUCAGGAGCUCUAUGGAUCACAGUCAGGCAAACCUUUGCCUCCAACUCAGGGUCCAGUCACGCCCAUGGACAUCUGCAAAGAACCAGUUAUCUUUGAUGCUGUGGCUCAAAUCCGAGGAGAGCUUUUCUUCUUCAAGGACAGGUUCCUGUUCAGGUCAGUCGAUUUCAGAAACAAGCCGAGCGGACCGAUGCUCGUCGCCACCUACUGGCCUGACCUGCCUAACAAGAUUGAUGCGGCCUAUGAAAACCCAGUGGAGGAGAAAACUGUCUUCUUUGCAGGCAAUGAAGUGUGGGUCUACAAGGCAGACGAGUUGGAGAGCGGUUACCCGAAAAGACUCCACCACCUGGGACUACCCACUGAUCUGCAGAAGAUUGACGCUGCCUUCAACUUCAGAAAGAACAGGAAGACUUACCUCUUUGCUGGAGACCAGUUCUGGAGGUUCGAUGAAACCACCAAGACAUUGGAUCAAGGUUUUCCCAAACUUAUCGCCGACUCCUGGAAUGGGAUCCCAGAUAAUAUUGAUUCUGCCUUCAGCCUUAAUGACAUCGAUUACAGCUACUUCUUUAAAGGCAGCCACACUUUCAAACUGGAAGACAGCAGCUUGAAGAUUGUCAAGUUGGGAGAAAUCACAAAGGACUGGCUGGGCUGUUGAGCGAAACACUGAUCCCUCCUCAAGUGGACGUUGCCUUUGUAUACCUAUAUGUCAGCAAAUAUAUAGGUAUAUGUGCAUAUAAAUACAUGUAAUACAAAUAAAUGUAGGUUUGUUUGUGUAUCUCGGUGCCUUUUCAUGCGCCAUGAAAUCUCCUCACCUGGAGUAGAAAGUCCUGGACAAUCUACUCACGUUUCACAUCUGCAACUGGAUAAUUCCUGUCUUACUUUGUGAGUCUGUUGUGUAACUUGUUCCCUGAUCUUCUCUCAACUGUAGCUUUUUUCUUUUUCUUUACAAUUUGACAUCAGGUAUGUCCGCGCCGCAUCAGUUGCAGUGAGACUUGUCGAUUAUUGAUCCAGCUGAAGCCAAUAGCUGUUACAUAAUGCAUCCACUUUUUUUUUAUUAUUUCAGUAUGUAGUUCUGAUGAUUGUGCAAUACAUUUGAAAAAAUGAAUUGUGUUUGACCGAAAAUGGUGCUUCCUGUAGAGACCUUUGUCCUGCAUUCAGUAUGUGUUUUUAUAAUGUCUGGAUAUUGGGAUUACUUCUUUUUUACUGCAUUUAGAAGUGAAAAGUAGCAUUUUAUGGCACAACAUAUUUUACUUUUUCUUGGUUAGCACUUUGCGAUUAGAAAUGGAGACUAAAAUGUCGCUCCAGUGACUCGAGUGGUACUGAAUGAAUAACGGCACAGGCUGCCUAUAGUCGAAAAAAGUUUACUGCAUGAUGGAAUCGUGACUCAAGUACCACAGUAGUGUUGAAUAAUAAUCAUUUUUUAUGAAAUUAUGAAAAAUAGAAAUUGAUUUGUGAUGUUUUGUAAUGCACUUUGUUACUGUCAUCAAUAAAGGUGAUCAAUAUAACGUGGAUCAAAA